UUGUUUUUUAAGCGAAAAGGAGAGGGAAGGGUAUAGAACAUUAAGUACAGCAGUAUGUGAGGGAGGUCUCAUGCUUGAGGAUAACUUGGAUAGACCUGGAAUUGGAACUUUGGGUUUCGUGAAAAACUUUCGUUCGCCAACCAUGGAUUUUUGACAGGAAAAGAGUAACGGCUGAAGGGAUUAUUAUGAGGAUCUGGACGAAGUUUGCAUCAUUAUGGUCAAUAUUGGUCGUGGCCGAAGUACAGUGUACACAAUGUAACGUUACUUGGACAGAACCCCUCCAUGACCUCCAUGAUGCUCUGGUGGUAAUUCCAGGUAGUGAGGUCGUCAUUGGUUGCUGUGGCGAUGUCUCUCUUGAUGGUGUACUGAUGGUCAGGGGCACCUGUCCUGGAGUACAAGGAUCUGACUCUGGACAGAUCACUACCGAAAACAUCCUGCUGUCGACCAAUCACGGGUCAGACACUGUGGACUCACUGGAGACUAACCAAUUAGAAGGAGGGACUGAUUAUAAGGCUGGAUCUGAUUCAUCGGAAAUGGAUAAUGGGAGUCAGUGGAUGCUGAAUGGCCAACCAGUGCAAGGCAACGCAGGAAUGGGCUGGAAUUUGAUGCUUCCGAGUUUUGGAUUGGCUGAUGCGGGGAACUACAGCUGCCACAGAGCUGGAAGAUGGAUGAGCACAGUCAGAAUGGACCUAGCCAAUUCUCCUGAGAGGCCCACUCUUACCUGUCGGAGGAAAGAUCUGUAUAAGAGGAAGAUACGAUGUGACUGGAAGGCAAGUCGGCCGAUCAAUCCUGCACCGAAGUGUCACCUCAUCUUGCAUAAAUUGAUGUCCCAAGAGCAAAGAGUGUCUAGUUGUCGAUAUUCCCCAAAGCGUUCUCGGUGCAGAUGCCUGCUGGAACCUGAGGCCCUGGAUACAGAUAGCAUUUGGUACGCUGCUAGGCUGUCUGUGAGGAGCACCUCUGGCUGUGGCACCAGCCGGUGGAUCGACUUCACACCUCAAAGUAUCUUGAAGCCAGACCCUCCGGUCAGUGUCAACGUGAGGUCAGUGGACGGACAGGAGCGGACGCUGGAUGUGUUCUGGUCUUACCCCACGUCCUGGAGGACUCGGAGGGGCACCUACCUUUUGAAGUUUGAGCUGAGAUACUAUCCUGUGCUGGGAAAAAUGAAUCAGACUGUGGCGAUUCCGAGGACAUCGCCUCGGCUCUCCUGGAGGAUUUCGGACGCGUUGGCCGGUGUGCAGUACGCUGUGCAGAUCAGGAGCAUGGAGGAGCACGGUCAGGGCAGCUGGAGUGACUGGUCCUCAGCCGUCUACGCGCACACAUGGAUAGCCCCUAAGCCAACCGAGAGCAGUGAUAUCAGUGAGGACCCCCUGAUUCUGUUGGUCAUACCUGGCACAACCCCUGGAUCAGUUGUAUUGUACCUGCUAUGCUGUGUGAAUGUGACACAGUCAGCAGCACAGAAGAAGGUCCAGUGUUUGUGCAGCCCACAAGAUGACUUUCGCCAGUAUUACAUCUCUCCACCAACGGCUGAUGUAGUUCAUGAGGCAAAGGAUCACUGCACCACUGCAUGGACCUGCAACUCUACGGAGUGUGCCUACUAUGAUUAUGAGGUACCAGAAAAGGAGGAUGCCAUGAUGUUUGCCGCCCCUGUUGUGAAUGCGUCAUUUGAGGCUGUCGUUAUGGAGAAUCACGUGGUAGUUUUAGUCACUGUGGACUGUCCUCAGAAGGGUUUUAUUGCCAAGGAUCUUCCAUGUCCAUGUGAACGUCAGACAUCUUCCUCACCCCCAUCAAUUCCCACCAAACAGAAUCGCUCGGAAAUUUCACAUACGCCACCACCAGAUAAAACAGAUGUCCCGUUGAAGAUCGUACUUCCCUUAGUCGUAUUUGUCAUCGUUACUGUUUUUGGAAGUGUGGCUGUUGUCUUCAUCAUUAAACGAUACAAGGACAAGGAAAAGAAAAAAACACAACCGCCUACCACACCGAAGAUAGACCCAGAAUCCCUGUCACUGUCAGAACACAAAGAAUAGACUUAACACAUCAUCACAAAACUUUUUUUUUAUCAUGCUCAUGCAUAUUCUUACUCCAGACGCUUUCAUGUGGAAACCAUACUCAAGUCAAAUUCAGAUUGUUAAAACAAUAACAUAGAUUUCUGCUGGGGGGUUUUUUUGUGUAUAUUUUGAUUUUUAACCACCAGCAGAGAUAAAACAGACCUGGUUUUAAUUUGUACAUCUGUUUAAUGUUUAUUUGGGUCCCAUAUUUCUGUGGAACAAAUCAGCUGUCUCUUGUUGGUGAUGUCAGAAUGUACGACUCUCAGCAGGUGAAGGUGCUGUGAGUCAUAUGUACUUGAGCCUAUCGAGGCAGGAACAGAACGACUUAACCCUGUUUUGAACCUCAUUUCCAAUACUGUUGUUCUGUCAACAGAUGCCUAAGAUUGGUGUGGGUAGGGUUGUCUUUCAUGGUAAACAGGAUGAUAGGAGACAUAGAGAUGAAGGAUACUUGCUGCUGCGGGAUGUUCAUGUCCCAAUUACUGGUUUCUUACCCUUUCAGCAUUGUUUUGCAGCUAAUACAGUGUCAUUAUAUGGGAUUAUCAUGUGCAUAGGUAUAAUGAAAAGGAUGUACAGUAGCUGGUCUGUGUGGAUUGUGGUAAUGCAGAAGACAUACAGUAGGCUAGGACUGCAAUUAACGAUUACUUUAAUAGUCAAUAAUCUGUCAGUUAUUUCCUUGAUUAAUCUAUUAGUUAUUUGGUCAGAUAAUGGUGAGAAAAUGAUCAUCAGUGUUCCCUAAAGCCCAAGAUGACAUCUUCAAAUUAACUGUUUUGUCCAAAUGCCAAAGAUAUUCUGUUUACUGUCACAGAGGAGCAAGCAACCAGAAAAUAAUCACGUUUGCUACAGUUGCUUUAGCUACAAAGGACAGCGUCUUUAAAUUACUCUUUUAGAGAGAGAGAGAGAGAGUGGGGGUGGGUGUAUGUGGGUAAGUGAGUGUGUGAGAAAGAUUUAUUAUUCUAAAAGAAUUUUCUAAAUAUUUAUUUAAUGUCAAUUUAGAACAAAUCUGAUAUGUUUUGAAGAAUUGUUGAUGUAACUCACAUUGUGUUUGUGGUUGUGUGCGUUAGAAUUGUUAAUGAAAGUCACUUGUGCUUUUAAUGACUUGUUCUGAAUGUAUUCUUUUCUAGUAGGCUACUUUUGGUAGUUGAAAUGGAAUGGAGAUCCAGCUGACAUUCAGCCAACACCCACUCAGAUCAGUUUUAGUGCAUAUACAGUAGUAGGCCCAAGGGCCCAGUCAACACUCAGCUUGAUCAGUUAGUGUGUGAGCCAGGUCUGGGCCAACAAACACCACAUGGUCACCAGUUGUUUUUGUAACCCGUGUCACUGCUAGUGAGUUCUGUGACUCUCUAGUGGUGUGGCUUGGCCUUUACCUGAUUCAUUAUCUUUCUGGUGCUUCUUGGUGAUAUUUUUGAUACUGUAGGUGUCUACUUACAGUAUAGGAAAUGUUGCAGUGAUGUUGAAUGCCUUCCAUUUGUAAAUAUUUUGUCUUGCAAUUGAUGGAGGGUAGCCUAGAAAUCUAGACGCCCCUAGCGGCAGCAAAUCUGAUGUGGGUCUGGCUGGUCAGGCUAGAUGGAGGGAGCUGGAAUCUUUUAGAGAGGGCCUUUUAGCUUUACCCAGACUGAUGGGGAUAUCUCCUCUCCUCUAGACAUCAUCUAUCUGUGACUUGGCACUACGGUGGUUUGGUUGGUUUCCUCUCUCUUUUUUAUCAGUGCUGCUCAAACCCUUUCCAAAGGAAGUUGUAUUUGAUUGGUCUGCUUAAUUAGUUAAUUCAGCACCCUUGCAAUGCAGCUGGGGGUCCACUGGCUUUUGCACUAUAGUUUCAUGAUUUAAUCAGAAAUCAGUGAAUUCACAUACUGAAAUCCAGAUCCGGAUCCAAAAUUAUAUAUUUUUUGUUUCAUUUUCAUGAAAAGCCCUUUUUACAUAAAUUGAAGAAGAUUUUGCAAAGUUGUGUACAAUGUGUAUAUUUAUGAUUAACAUUGAUAUUUAUGGUAUUUUGUAAAAAAGGACAUUUUACAUUUAUUGGAAAACUAUUUAGUGUACACAAUGUUCCUCAUACCGUAACACCACUUUACCUGCCUAUAAAAACUACACUGUUCCUUUAAAUUAAAAAGCACACCCAUACAUUACUUGGGACAAAAAGUUUAAAAUGGAAUCAAGUUCUGUUGUUCCCUCUUCUCUCACAUCAGUGUUAAUGUCCUAGAAUCUUCAUUUAGUACAGCGGCUAAGGCCAGAUCUUUACCAGAAUCGUUCAGUUUUUCAGAAAGCACAAAACUUGGUACAGUAGGCUACUAUCCCAUAUCAAAAACUGAAGUGGGCCCAAACACAUAGCGCCCCUUAGUGGCCACUAUCUUGACUUCAAAUACAAUGCCAUUUUUUUCUAGGCCUACAUUUAGAAUGCUUUGCUGCUUUUAACAUACUGUAUAUUAUGACGUGUCUAUAGCCAUCUUUCGGCAACAAAUAUUGUGACAAUCACGCAUAAUUAAAAUGGCAGGCAUGUUGGAUUUUUAAGGAAGUAGCCAUGACACUCUCUUUAAACAAUGAGUCAAAAACUGUGGUACAUUUAGAUUGUGUAUGAAGUUUCAACUGUAACUAAACUCUGCACUUGCUUGGGUUUAAUCCUUUUUUUAAAAAAAAUCCUAAUUUGCACCCUAGAGGCUGGUAUGCUAGCAAGGAGGCUAUAUAUGCUGAGGUAUUUCGCUCAUUCAAAAUGGAAUGGAUGUAUGUUUACAUGUAAGCCAUUGUGCGCUGUGCACAAGCAUGGCCCCCAGCCUCCAGCCUUAGCAUCUUCCACACCUCCUAAAACACUCCUGACUCCAGCCAAAUGUGCUGCAUCCUCCUUAGCUUGUCCCUCUUACAGAGUAGGCUAUGGAGAGCUACCCAAUCCUUCCACAUUGUGUCUUUUGCGUCGUUCACAAUAGUUUUUCAGACUAUGCCAACUGUAAUCUUUUCAUUUUUUGAAAAAGCUCAAAUGUCAUCCUUUUUAUGCUGUAGUAGUGUCACCAGCUGUGUUCUGUGUUUAAUUGAAACAGUUGUUUGCCAAUUGAGUAGAAUGUUAUUGAAACAGCGGAUGUCUUAUUUUGCACUAUUGAUCAAACAUACUUUUAACAUUUAAGCUGUUAUU